AUGGAAAAUGCGGGAGAUGAGGAGUGGCUGCAGCUUUUCGCCACACCCUUGCCGGCCAUGACCAGGGAUGGCUCAAAAGCGUCAGUCAUCCUUGAACCAUAUUGCGGGUCUCUCGCUCACGACCUCGACCCUAUGCAGACAAGCUCAGCUCUCGAGGAAGGCUGGGCUGAGGCCCCACAGAACUUACAGCCCCUCAUCCCAAAGUACAAAGUGGUUCGCUGUUGGUACUUUGACAAUGCCCAAUGCAAACAUGGGGACGCCUGCACUUUUGCGCAUGGGGACCAAGAGUUGAUGCUGCCUCCUGCAGAGGUGGCGAAGAGAGUGCCGUGCAUGCACUUUCUCAUAGGCAGCUGCGAGAAUGGGGCGGCCUGCCCGUUUGGGCACUGUGAAGAAACGGCCAAGGCAAUCAUGCCUGUAGAGCUAGGUCUCCCGGAGGGCGAUUUCUUCGAAGAUGUUUUACAGCUGGUUGUUGCUGGUGGAGGCGCAUCUGGGCAGAUCAUCCAUGAGUUCUACCUGCAAGUGAGGAGCCCUGGAUUGCCCAACUGGCAGCAGAUCUUGCGCUGGCUUGAUCAGAGAUCCUGGCCGUACUGGCAAUGCAAAAAGCCUCGGAGCUACUCCGACGCGGUGACUUUUGCAGGGGCUUGGCUCUCCUCAGAGUGGUUGCUAUCGGAGUCAGAGUGGUCCCCAUCGGAGCCGAAGUGGUUGUCGGCAGCUUCAGCCAGGAAACGAGCACUGCAGUCCAUAAAGCGAAUUCUGCUUCAUCGGCUUGCACAAGCCAAGAAGAGUGGUGGAAUGGAAUUGGCUUGCCUCAACAUGUGGCUUCUCUGGCUGGACCAGCUGCUGGCGAUUGUUAAUCGUUGUUUGGCUGAAGACUGCUCGUGGCUUCCAAUCACGCAGACUUUCACUGGUCUCAGGCACCAAGCAAACACCGGACGCUCGCUCUCCCCUGAGGAGGUUGACCACCUCCUGAAGGAAAUUCAGAAAGCAUCAUAG